CCAGGAGGGCUAAUGACAUUACUUACAGUAAAUAGCAGCCCCGCCGGCCGGGCUGUAGUGUGCCAGCUUUGGGGGGAGAGCGGGGGAUAGAAACCCCGGCUUAUUUCACUUGAUUGACUUCAUCUUUGUGUGAAAUCGCGUUGGAUGCUCCGGGCACUGAGAGCAGCAGCGAAUAGCAGAGCUGGGGGCACUGAGAGGAGCCGAGCCGAGCCGUGCCCGGGGCGCUGGGGAUCGCAGGGGCUGGGCCCGACGGAUCAGCAAGCAGGGAGCCGGGCACAGGAGGUCCCGAGGCUGGCGGCGGGGCGUGCCCCGCGGUCCCCAGCCUGGAUCCGGCCGCCCUGCCAGUCCCACCAGUGCCUCUGCCCGCCCCGCUGGGUGCAGAAAAGCCGCCCCGCAAUCUCAGCCCCCCGCACCCAGGGGUCCCCUUUUUCCCUUCCCCCGGCAGCCACCUCGAGUGUCCCGCGCCUGUCCGUCUGCGGGCCUGGGGCGCGGAGGAGGGAUCGGAGCUCCUGCAGUGCAUCUUCCUUAGCAAGGGGGAGCCCCGCACCCCACCCCACCCACCUCCCCAGCCGGGAUGUUUGUCACCGCUCGCCCAUCACGGGGCGGGGGGGCCGUACUAUGACAGAUCCCCCCUCCUCCUCCUCCGUUUGCUUUCUGCACAUCGUCUCCAGGAAGCCUCUCCCGGUGCGUGUGCGAAGAGAAGCCACCUCGCUAGACCCUUUUGGAUGAUCUUGGGGGGCUGUAUAUGGAAAUAGUGGGGUGCAGAGCAGAAGAAAACACUUGUCCUUUCCGCCCCCCAGCCAUGCUUUUCCACGGGAUCUCCGGAGGCCACAUCCAAGGGAUCAUGGAGGAGAUGGAGAGGAGAUCCAAAACCGAGUCCCGCCUGGCCAAAGCGGGGCAGAUGAACGGCCGGGAAGCGAGCAUGCCCCCCAUGAGCCCCGAGAAGCCCGCGCUGUGUGCUGGCUGCGGAGGGAAGAUCUCCGACCGCUAUUACCUGCUGGCUGUUGACAAACAAUGGCACCUCAGGUGUCUUAAGUGCUGUGAAUGUAAACUGGCUCUGGAGUCAGAACUCACCUGCUUUGCCAAGGACGGCAGCAUUUACUGCAAGGAGGACUACUACAGAAGGUUCUCCGUGCAGAGAUGUGCCCGCUGCCACCUUGGGAUCUCAGCCUCCGAAAUGGUCAUGAGAGCCAGGGAGUCGGUUUAUCACUUGAGCUGCUUCACCUGCACCACCUGCAACAAGACUCUGACCACAGGCGAUCACUUUGGCAUGAAGGACAACCUGGUUUACUGCAGGGCCCACUUCGAGUCCCUUUUGCAAGGAGAAUACCCCCCUCAGCUGAGCUACACCGAGCUGGCUGCCAAGAGCGGAGGGCUGGCCCUGCCCUACUUCAAUGGUACUGGCACGGUCCAGAAAGGGAGGCCCAGGAAACGGAAAAGCCCCGCGCUAGGAGUGGACAUCGUCAAUUACAACUCAGGUUGUAAUGAAAAUGAGGCAGAUCAUCUGGACAGAGACCAGCAGCCUUAUCCCCCAUCCCAGAAGACCAAGCGUAUGCGCACCUCCUUUAAACACCACCAGCUUCGCACCAUGAAGUCCUACUUUGCUAUCAACCACAACCCGGAUGCCAAGGACCUCAAGCAGCUUGCUCAGAAAACGGGCCUCACCAAAAGAGUUCUGCAGGUUUGGUUCCAAAACGCAAGAGCCAAAUUCAGAAGGAACCUUUUGCGGCAGGAGAAUGGGGGUGUCGAUAAAGCUGAUGGCACGUCACUUCCGGCACCGCCCUCAGCAGACAGCGGCGCUCUCACUCCACCCGGCACUGCGACCACUUUAACAGACCUGACCAAUCCCACUAUCACUGUAGUGACAUCAGUGACCUCUAACUUGGACAGCCACGAAUCCGGAAGCCCCUCACAAACUACCUUAACGAACCUUUUCUAACAUUUGAGUUUUUUUUAUUCUUACUCUUCUUCUUUAUUAUUAUUAUUAUUAUUUUCAAGACUUUUUUUUAAACAAACCCACAAAAUAUUUGGGAAAAUAAACAGCUUGGUGUGUAGCAUCUGCAGCCACUUGGCAAAUGAGUUUGCAGUAACAUGUCUCUAUUAUAAAUGAACAUAUUUUGUCUAUAAAUUGUAUUCAGAUUUUUUUUAACUCAUCAGAAAAUUGAAGGGAAGAUUAUGAAUCAUUCUAAUAAGUGCCUCUUAAAAUUGUAUGUUACUUAUUUCCAGAUUCUUGAAAAAAAUGAGCUUUAUCACAAAGGACAGAAAAUUAUUUUCCCACUUGGAUAAUUACAUUAAGGCUCAGUUUAAUUAAAACUAACAGAUUGCUGCUCUGUGAUUGUAUCUGCACUCAUGGUGUUUCAGAGUCCUGGUUCCCAUUUUAUUUUUAUAAGACAUUUUAAAAUUUUGUAUUAUUCAUCACACCUGAACAAAUCAAGCUAGUAACUGGAAUAAAGAAGCAUUUUUAGUCCCAAUGCUUUUUAUAGUAUAAACAUUAGUUAUGAGCUUGACCCUGCUUGAGCAGCAGACAUUCCUACUGAAGUCAAUAAUCCCAAUCCUGCAAGCCCUUCACCUAUACAGAAUGUCUUCUGACACCAAUGGAAAGUGCACCAAUGGAAAGUGGAUGGAGUAUUUGAAUGGUUAGACCAAUGGCAAUAAUGUAUGAGUAAGGACAAGAAGGCUGGGCCACUGGCCUGUGAAUUUGUUCAUACCCAAUGCCCUGAUCCUGCAGACAGAUUCUAGAGUGACCUUACUUAUGUGAGGAGCCUUAUUGAAGUAUCAGCCAGAAAAACUUUACUCAUGUGAGGAGCCCCAUUGACAUCAGUGUGACUGCUAACAUGAGUAAAGGUACUGAAGGUGCCUGACUAUUUGCAGGAUGAAGCCCUAAGUCUGAAUACUUCAGUAUAAUCAUUAUUACAUACAUACAUUUUAAUUUUUAUGUCUCUCAAAUUGAUUUGGGUUUUAAAAGAAAUAAAGACAAUUAAGUCUCUCUCUCUCUUUCUCUACAUAUAUAUAUCAUGGCUUUGAUUCUGCACUGAUAAAACCAGUGGGAGAGUUGGCCAGUGACUUCCAUAAGCAUAGGAUCAACUUCCAAAAGCCUGUAAUGAUACUUAGGUCAUUUUUUAUUAAUAUUUUUUCAGGGAAGAUGGAAAUAAGCAAAAUAUAAUUUAUUAAGAUGUUUAAGGAAACUGGUUUUAAUACAUUUUCAUUGCUAUUUUGAAUUUUACUUUAGAUGUUUCAUGAGACUGCAUCAGACAUUUUGUUCAAUAUAUGACUAAUAAUCUUUAAUAUUUCUAAUAUAUUUUAGGGUUUUUUUUAAUUUUUGUAUAAAAGAAAAUGGGUAGAGAAAACUCUUAUGAAAUUGGGAAUUGACAGUGGAUAGUUUGGAGCAGAUAAACUCAGAAGCCAGGUGGAUGCUGAUCUGAAUACAUUUCCUAGUUUACAAUAGCAAUUUUUCUUUUUCUUAAUUUUAUUUAAGCUAAAAGUCUGAAUGGUCUGGGCAGUGGUGAAUGUUCAUUUGUAUCCUUUUAUUGUAGUUCAAUAUCAAUUAGAUUGUGGAGAGUCUCAGACACAAACAAACAAAAAUAACAGUCAAGAUCUAUGUCUUGCUUUUAGUGGAUUGUUAAGAAUAACUUUGCACAUAUAUCCCACUUUCUAGACCCCAUCAAGUCUCUUUUUUGGUGGUCGAAGUGGCUAUUUAAUAUAUUUUAAAGGUGUCCUUUUUGGCUGUAUAAAUGUGUGGUUACAUAUUGACAGUUCACUGCCCACAUUAAAGUGCAUUAUUGUAAUUUUUGCUCAGGGUUUUUAGAAAAUUAGCACAGAAAAGUAGCUUAUUUUUUAAAAAAAGAUGAUGGAAGAGAUGUUAACACUGUAAUAGAGGAAAGGUGUGUUUGCCAUUAUAUAUUUAGCAAGUAUGGUUAUCAUCUUCUAUGGAUAUUAAAUCUUGACUUUUCCUAUUUCUAUUACCUUAUGGGCAUUUACCACUAACCAGACCAAACAACCUUGGUAAGGCUGAGAUCUUUAUUAAUACACUUUUACAGGUAAAAAUAUUAAUACUUAUAAAUUUUGUUCUUUGACAGAACAAUAUAUGGUACUAUAGAUCUACUUUAUUAAGUAGACUAAUUAAAACUCAGUUCUACUAUGUGCCUUAUGAUAUAACUUGGGAGUAAGUUUGUGAAAAAUCAGGAUAUAUGUGUUGUUUGUUAAAUUAACUGUUUUAAGCCCUUUUGACACCUCACUAGUUUUGUACUGUUUUACCUCUUAUUUCUGAAACUCUUUUUAUGGUGUAUCCUGUUAGAGGGGACAAACAUGUCAUAGAAAGCAGUUGUGCACUCUUUCAGAUAUAGUUGAUAAAUUCAAUAAUCUUAUAUAUUGAGCUUCGUGUUUAUAGUACAGUAAGUGGUCUAGCAAAAUUGUCCAUGUUUCUUUGUUUAUUGAUAAAUGCAUUGUAUAGAAACUAUUUCCCCUAAAUAUUUAUGGACCAAACAAUUGUGAUAUAUCCUAUUAAAUUUGUGUGAAUAAAACCAUUUUGAAUCUAAA